AGUGUAAGCUGUAAUAAAAAUUUAUGAACUGUAGGAAGAGAGUGUGGUUUAUUUCAAGGCACUCAUUGUGUUAUUAUUUUCAAAAUAUCAGAAAUAUGAAAUACAUAACACUAUCUCAAACAGAAGAUUUAAUGCCGACAUUAGGCUUAGGAACAUGGCAGGCUGCACCAGAUGUUAUAGAAUCAACUGUGUAUAAGGCUUUAGAUUUAGGGUAUAGACAUAUCGACACGGCGUUUAACUACAAUAACGAAGAAGCAAUCGGUAAUGCCAUUAAAAAGUGGAUAGACGACGGAAAAGGGACUCGUAAAGAUCUAUUUAUCACUACCAAGCUUCCCCAUGUUGGCAAUCGAGAGUCGGAUGUGAUGAAGUUCUUGAAUCUCCAACUGUCUCGCUUGCAAAUGUCAUACGUGGAUCUGUAUCUCAUCCAUGUUCCGUUUGCAUUUUAUUGCGACCCCGAGACGUUCACACCAUUAAUCAACAAGGACACUGGCGAUUAUGAAUUAGAUAAAGAAACAAACCACAUCACAACUUGGAAAAAGAUGGAAGAAUGCCAAAAGAAAGGGCUUACACGCAACUUGGGUUUGUCUAACUUUAAUGAAAAUCAAAUAACAAAAAUUAUUAAAGCAUCUACUGUCAAGCCGCAAGUGCUUCAGGUCGAGCUGCACGCUUACUUCCAACAGGUGGACUUACGCAAAUUUUGUGCUGAAAAUGAUAUUGCGGUGACUGCGUACGCGCCUCUAGGGAGCCCUGGUGCGAAGACGCAUUUUGUUACAAAGUACAAUUACAGCCCAGAUGUCUUUCCCGACUUGCUGUGCCUGAAGGAAGUUAAUGACAUUGCCGAGAAGCAUGGCAAGACACCAGCGCAGGUGCUACUCCAUUUCUUGGUGCAGCAAAAAGUCGUAGUCAUUCCGAAAAGCACCAGUGAAAAUAGGCUCAAGGAAAACAUGGAUAUAUACGAUUUCGAAUUGAGCCCACCCGAAAUGAAUACCCUCAAGAAAUUAGAUAAGGGUGAAGAUGGUCGUAUUUUCAACUUUCUAUUUUGGAAAGGAGUGGAGAGACACCCUGAAUAUCCUUUUAAAUUACCUGUAACAGAAGCGGAAGUAACUAAAUAAUAGAAUAUGAAUUGUGCUAAGUAAACGCUUCUAGUUUUAUUGACGUUAAUAAAGCAAAUGAGAAGUCUUGUUGAGAAUUUCAGCUUUAAUCUAAAAUCAGUAAAACUGAUAUAAAACCAUGUAUUAUUAAAAUUAUUUGCGUACUGUG